AUGAUUAUGGAUCAAAGUAACGAUGAGGAUCAGAAACUCGUUGCUGUGCCUAAAAAAUAUUCGAACAAGUACUUGUUCUACUUGGGCCAGUUGUUGAUGAAAAGGACUUUGAAGCUUCUACUCUCAGUGUCUUUGUUGUCUUUGUUUCUUCUUUGCUAUUCUUCUUCAUCAGGUUUUUGUUUAUUUCCCUAUUCCUUCACUGAGUUCAAUGUUUAUUUCUCCACGUUGCUUUUCUCAAUCUUCACCCGCGCCCUAGACAGGAAGUACAUGUUUCUCGUUUGUAAUGGAAUCCUUGCUUUUCUUGCAAAAACUACUACUUCCAAAUCCAAUGAUAAUUCUUGCACUUGCAGUUUCAGUUGCAGCACCACCUCUAUUAAUAAUCAUGAAUCCCACGAUGAGUCUCUAGAUCAGGACGCCAUCGCUUAUGCUGCUGGUGAAGAUGAAGGGGAAUCGCCAACUAUACAAGAAGAAGAAGAAGAAGACGACGACGGAGAUGGACAACAGGAAGAACUUAAAAAUGGGACUCUAUUGCAGGCAGAAGAAAUACCUCAAGCUUUUAGCGCAGAAGAAAAAGGAGGACGUGAAUCUUUGAUAAAACAACCCGAAGAAGAGAUGGACACAACAGAGCUGGAAACAAAUCAUGUUAAUGACUACUUCGCCGCUACUAGUACAGAUGAACUCAACAAAAAAUUCGAAGAAUUUAUAAGAAAAAUGAAGGAGGAAAUCAGGAUUGAAGCUCAACGGCAACCCAUUGCCGUUUAA